AGUGUGCAGUUCAGUUAUCAAUUGAACGUGUUUGAAGAAGUGGGAUUUGCUGUUUUUUCCGGUAGAAAAAUAGUUUUGACGAUGAAAAUUUUACUCGGAAUAUUUUUGGUUGCAGCCGGAGUGUCAUUUGUGGCCGCAGCUUGCCAGCUAGGCUUGGGUCAAAGUGAAAGUGGUGAAACCCUGCUCCACACGUUGCACAUUUCCCGCGAGCCGGUUCAGCAGCCGAUGAACAUGUCGCUGCUGUUUGACUACAUGGUCAGUCCGGUAGACGUUUACCUGCAGAUUACGCGCGUCCAAAUCAAUACGACUUCCGUGGGCGUUGAUGAUCCGCGCUGUGAAGCAUCUUGGCCGUUUACUCCAGCCCUACCGCAAGGUUUUCAUGUAACAAUUACAAGUCUGCAACCAGUCCUGCAGAUGUCGGGCACGGCAGAGGUUUACGGAAUCAGACGAGUUACCGGGUGAAGAAUUGAAUAAAUAAAGAUUGCGAUUUUAUGACGA